AUGCCAAACGAGAAUCACACUAUGCUCUGGGGCUCUGGCGGUUCGAGUAGUGCUCCGGGCUUUGCCUCUGGAGGAUUCUCACCACAGAGCUCGACGCUGGCGCAGAGAAACGUGAGCCUCCGGGAGAAGACAAGUGAUGGAAAGAAGAGAAAACUAUCCAACAUAGAAGUUCUCAGCCGCUUGAACGACCGAGCCAUUCAUCUGCUAGAGGCUUACCAUGUAAAACUUCCGUCGGGCGAAUUGGCACUUGAGAGUUUGCUUGACACCAUACCGGAUCUUCUGGGCACCCGCGAGGAUGAGAUCAGCAAGCUUAAGGACGACAGACAACAGGUUGAUGCCCAAAUUGCGACACUAAAGCAGGAUGCAAUAGACUGGCAUGCCAAGUUUGAGUCGGAGAAGAAGACUGCCAAACGAGACCUCGACUCUCUGAGGCUAGCUAUGGAGACUUCGUUCGCUGAUAUGGAGGUCCAGAUCAGAAAACAGCACGGGCAAGAUCUCCGAUCACAGCGAAGAAAUCACGACUCCGAAAUGCGGUCACUGCGGGCCGACCAUGCGAGGGAGGUGUCGGAGCUCAAAGUAAAGCAUGACGAGAACAUGGCACACUUGGAGGAGGAGUGCAAGAAUGAGGUGGCUGAGCUGGAAAGGAAGCUCGAAGACGCCGCGCAGCGUCACCAACGUCAGAUUGAGCAGGCUGGUCUCGCCCACGACAAGAAGAUCGCGCAGCUGACUGCUGACUGGAAGAAUCGGCUGGCAGAGGCGAUCAAUGAGGCCAAGGUUGUCACCGCGGAGAAGGACAGGGAGAUCACCGCCCACAGAAUGGAGAUCGAGCGGCUCUCUAACCGCAUGGCCGCGUACAGCACGAACCGCUACCGGGCCAUUCCGGACAAGGAGUUUGCUGUCCUAUUUGGCAGCCUCGAACAGCGCAUCAUCGACCUCAGCAGCAACACUACGUCUCUCGCGGGAAGCAGCGUCGACGCUGCCCUAAACCCGCACGACUUCAUCGACCGCCGCGGGGGUAAGGGCCGGAAUUGGGUCCGCCUAGUCCGCAACGCUUGCUGGACCCUGCUGCUGCGCGGCUUCUUCAGCCGGCCGGUGGGUUUUGGAGCCUUCGGUGCUGAUGGCACAGACUGCGAGACGCUCAACGACAUGUACGCCCUGUUUACCAGCGGAGCAGCAAGAUCGCUCCCCACGGAUCAAGAAGCCAACGCAGCUCGUGCCUGGUACUUUACCAUGAUCCUCCAGAGCGUCACACCGGGCGGCCUAGCGAAGGGCAGGACAGUGUUGGGGGCGGACAACACCAGCUUGGGGCACCGAUUCCAGCACAACAUCGACAGCGUGGCAGCGGAGCUGAUUCGUAUCCUGCAGCAGCUGGGUGGCGACGGCGGCAGUGCAAGCCAGGAAAAGGCCAGGGACAUUGCAGUGGACAUGGGUCUCCUGGCGCUACGUGUAGGGUCGCAGCGGGCGCACGUCUUACUAGAAACCUGCACUUUCGGUGAGAGUGGAGGGCGCUUGGGCGAAUGGUUUAAACACGAGAGCGAGGGGGCGCUGCCACCAGGGCCCGUCUUGGUGGACCUGAUGGUGCAGCCUUGUCUUCGGCGCGUGGGCGAUGGCUACGAGGACACCCGCAGCCAGAAGAUCCUUGCGCAGGGCGUUUUCCUGGCCCAGAAAUGA